UUCAGAGAGAGAGAGAGAGAGAGAGAGAGGAGAGGAUCAAUGAGAUGCUAGGUCCGCUGUGAAAAUGCUGGUCGACGAUUGCGGCAGCACGAUGGGGUGGACUUCGGCCAGUGUGCGCGGGGGUUGGUCCACCCCUGGCGGCUGUAGGAAUUCCGCGAUCAACUUCGGUGGAAGCGUGCCCUCCCUUCACCCUGCCGGCUCGAUAAGAUCGCUGCGAUCCCAGCAUUCUAUGCAGGGUAUGCCGGAGACACCGCGAAGAUGCAUGCACUGCCACCCGAUACACGUGCCGAGCACCCCGAGCAAUUACGUUCACCACCCCAUGCAAUAUUACACGCCGAGCCACUGCCCUGAGCCCAGGAAUGGCGUGUACACUCCUCAUCGGGGCAAUUCUUACCACGGUGGUGAGUCCUUUUUCUCAAUUCGUAAUCGUCGAGUCUUCAACUGUUUUGAUUUAGAAAUUUAAGUUUUUUAGAAACUUU